UGUUCCCGUCCUGGAUUGGUGUGUCCAUGGCUUUGGCUUUCCGAUUGGUUAAAGUUGGGUGGGAGGGGAAUAAGCGGGGAGAUUUGAAUUUGAAGCGAAUAGGGCCUAACAAGCCGCAGGAAGUUGCCGAGGAGCACCCUAGAAACCUUCGGUUUUGUGCAGCGGGUCGUCAGCAUGUCCUUUUCUAAGGCGCCCCUGAAACGAUUCAAUGACCCUUCUGGAUGUGCACCAUCUCCAGGUGCUUAUGAUGUUAAAACUUCAGAAGUAUUAAAAGGACCAGUAUCCUUUCGGAAGUCACAAAGGUUUAAAAAACAAAAAGAAUCUCAACAAAAUCUUAAUGUUGACAAAGAUACUACCUUGCCUGCUUCAACAAGAAAUGUUAAGACUUUGGGAUUAAAGAAAGAAUCUCAAAAGAAUGAAAAAGAUUUGAAGAUGUUGGAAAAAGAGAUUCGUGUUCUUGUGCAGGAACGUGGUGCUCAAAACAAGCGGAUCCAGGAUCUGGAAGCUGAGUUGGAGAAGAUGGAAGCAAAGCUAAAUGCUGCCGUCAGGGAAAAAACAUCUCUCUCUGCAAGUAAUGCUUCACUGGAAAAACAGCUUAUUGAAUUAACCAGGACUAAUGAGCUACUAAAAUCUAAGUUUUCUGAUGAUAGUAACCAGAAGAAUUUGAGAAUUCUAAGCCUUGAGUUGAUGAAACUUAGAAACAAAAGAGAAAUAAAGAUGAGGAGCAUGAUGGCUAAACAAGAAGGCAUGGAGGUGAAGCUGCAGGUUACCCAGAAGAAUCUCGAAGAGUCUCAGGAGAAAAUAGCACAACUUGAGGGGAAACUUAUUUCAAUAGAGAAAGAAAAGACUGAUGAAAAAUCUGAAACAGAAAAACUUUUAGAAUACAUCGAAGAAAUAAGUUGUGCAUCAGAUCAAGUGGAAAAAUACAAACUAGAUAUUGCCCAGUUAGAAGAAAAUCUGAAAGAGAAGAAUCAUGAAGUUUUAAGCCUUAAGCAGUCUCUGGAGGAAAAUGUUGCUAUAUUGUCUAAACAAGUAGAAGAUGUGAAUGCUAAAUGCCUGCUGCUUGAAAAAGAAAAAGAAGACCUCAUCAAUAGGGACAGAGAACAGGAUGAAAAUCUAAACUCUGAGAUACAAAACUUAAAAGAGAGGUCUGUUCUUGAACAACAGGAACAUGAAGAGCUACAACAAAAAGUAUUGCAAAUUGAUUCACUUCUGCAACAAGAGAAGGAAUUAUCUUCUAGUCUUCAACAGAAGCUAUGUUCUUUUCAAGAGGAAAUGGUUAAAGAGAGGAAUCUCUUUGAGGGAGAAUUAAAGCAAGCACUGGAUGAGCUAGAUAAAUUACAGCAAAAGGAGGAACAAGUUGAAAGCCUGGUCAAGCAAUUGGAAGAAGAAUCAGAAUCUAGAGGUGAAGAACUCAAACUCAUAGAAGAAAGGCUGAAAGGGAAAGAAGCUGAACUGGAGAAAAGUAACGCUGCUCACGCUCAGGCCACACUGCUUUUGCAGGAAAGGUAUAACAGUACAGUGCAGAGCCUGAGAGAUGUUACCACUCAAUUUGAAAGCUAUAAAGCAUCAGCAGCAAGUGAGAUAGAAGAUCUUAAGGUGGAGAACAUGUCACUUCACGAAAAAGUGGCCAAGGCUGAGAAAAGUGCAGAGGAUGUUCAGCAUGAGAUAUUGGCAACUGAGAAUGCAAAUCAAGAAUACGCAAGGAUGCUUCUAGAUCUGCAGACCAAAUCAGCACUUAAAGAAGCAGAAGUUAAAGAAAUCACAGUUUCUUCUCUUAAAAAAAUAACUGAUUUGCAGAACCAACUCAAGCAACAAGGCGAAGACUUUAAGAAACAACUGGAAAAGGGAGAAGCAAGAAAAGCUGGAAAAGAAAAAUCAAUGGCAGAAUUAACUGAGGAAAUGAAUAAGUGGCAUCUCCUCUAUGAAGAAUUAUAUAAUAAAACAAAACCUUUUCAGCUACAACUGGAUGCAUUUGAAGCAGAGAAACAGGCUUUGUUGAAUGAACAUGGUGCAGCUCAGGAGCAGCUAAAUAAACUAAGAGAUUCGUAUGCUAAAUUAUUGGGUCAUCAGAAUCUGAAGCAAAAAAUCAAGCAUGUUGUGAAAUUGAAAGAUGAAAAUAGCCAACUCAAAUCGGAGGUGUCAAAACUCCGCGCUCAACUUGCUAAAAGAAAACAACAUGAAACAAAACUUCAGGAGGAGUUGAAUAAAGUUCUGGGUAUCAAGCACUUUCAUCCUUCAGAGGCUUUUCUUCAUGAAAGUAAAGAAAAUUUUGUUCUCAAAACCCCGCUAAAAGAAGGCAAUACAAACUGCUCCUGA